AUGAACACUCGCCCUGUUAUCGAUGACUCCUCCGGGCCGAUUGCUCUGUCGGCCUCGUUCAAUAGCGAUGCCAGCUGCUUCGCGGUCGGUCUUGACACGGGUUUCUGCGUGUUCAACUCGGACCCAUGCGAACUCAAAGCCUCCAGAGAUCUAAAUGCCGGCAUCGGAGCGGCUGAAAUGCUCGGUCGAUACAACUACCUUGCUCUCGUAGGAGGCGGAAAGAAUCCACGAUGGCCGCAGACAAAGGUGAUCAUCUGGGACGACGCCAAACAGAAAGUUGCCAUUACUCUCGAACUCAAGACCGCCGUCCUCCGCGUCUGUCUUACCAAGUCAUGGAUCGCCAUUGCGAUUCAGAACAGCAUCCACCUCUACAAAUUCUCGUCUCCGCCCGAGAAGACCGCCAUCUUCGAGACGGCAGACAAUCCAUUAGGACUGUGCUGUUUGGGCGACCGCCUGGUGGCCUUUCCAGGUCGGUCACCAGGAAAAGUCCAGCUCGUGGAAUUGGGGUCGGGCAAUGUUAGUAUCAUCCCAGCACACACCUCCGCCCUGCGCGCCAUGGACCUCAGCGCCGAUGGACAGUUCUUAGCGACGGCGAGCGAAACAGGGACUUUGAUCCGCGUCUUCUCGACCGCCAACUGUACCAAGGUCGCCGAACUUCGGCGAGGAGUUGAUCCCGCCUAUAUCUUCAGCAUCGCAAUCUCUCCGAACUCCAGCAUGCUUGCCGUCACCUCGGACAAGUCUACUCUGCACGUCUUCGACCUUCUUGGUUCGCACGCCUCCCAACCUACUAGCCCUGGCAAUCCAGCCCGGCGCUCUCAAUCGCCCAACGUGGCCGGUGACGAAGAGGCGUCCACGAACCAGAAAUGGGGCUUUCUCUCCAAGAUACCCUUGUUGCCUCGCGUGUUUUCUGACACAUAUUCUUUCGCCUCGGCGCAUUUUGAGAUGGGCGAUGAAACCACAGGAAUCAACGGCUCUUCGCUGGCAUAUCUCCCGGCUCUGGGCUCUCUACCAAAUCGGCCGCAGAAGGGGACUUUGGGGUGGACAGACAAUUCCACCAUCAUCUGUAUCGGCACAGGCCGCGAUGCCCGGUGGGAGCGAUUCCGGAUUGGUGAACGGCCCGGUUUGACCGACGAAGGUCAACGGGCGAUCUGGAGAGACGGAUGGAGAAAAUAUCUGGGAAGCUGA